AUGAGGCCGCGCUCGGGCGGGCGCCCAGGGGCCCCGGGCCGCCGCCGCCGCCGCCUCCGCCGCCGCCCCCGCGGCCCCCGCGGCCGCCGCCUGCCGCCGCCGCCGCCGCUGCCGCUGCUGCUCGGGCUGCUGCUGGCGGCCACGGGGCCCGGCGCGGCGCGGGCCAAGGAGACGGCGUUCGUGGAGGUGGUGCUGUUCGAGUCGAGCCCGAGCGGCGACUACACCACUUACACCACCGGCCUCACGGGCCGCUUCUCGCGGGCCGGGGCCACGCUCAGCGCGGAGGGCGAGAUCGUGCAGAUGCACCCACUGGGCCUGUGUAAUAACAAUGACGAGGAGGACUUGUACGAAUACGGCUGGGUGGGAGUGGUGAAGCUGGAACAGCCAGAAUUGGACCCGAAACCAUGCCUCACCGUCCUGGGCAAGGCCAAGCGCGCCGUGCAGCGGGGAGCCACUGCCGUCAUCUUCGAUGUGUCUGAAAACCCCGAGGCUAUCGACCAGCUAAACCAGGGCCAGGAAGACCCGCUCAAGAGGCCGGUGGUGUACGUGAAGGGCGCAGAUGCCAUCAAGCUGAUGAACAUCGUCAACAAGCAGAAAGUGGCUCGAGCAAGGAUUCAGCACCGGCCCCCUCGACAACCCACGGAGUACUUCGACAUGGGGAUCUUCCUGGCUUUCUUUGUCGUGGUCUCCUUGGUCUGCCUCAUCCUCCUUGUCAAAAUCAAGCUGAAACAGCGACGCAGUCAGAAUUCCAUGAACAGGCUGGCUGUGCAGGCGCUGGAGAAGAUGGAAACCAGGAAGUUCAACUCCAAGAACAAGGGGCGCCGGGAGGGGAGCUGUGGAGCCCUGGACACGCUCAGCAGCAGCUCCACGUCCGACUGUGCCAUCUGCCUUGAGAAGUACAUCGACGGAGAGGAGCUGCGGGUUAUCCCCUGUACUCACCGCUUUCACAGGAAGUGCGUGGACCCAUGGCUGCUGCAGCACCACACCUGCCCCCACUGUCGGCACAACAUCAUAGAGCAAAAGGGAAACCCGGGCGCCGUCUGCGUGGAGACCAGCAACCUCGCGCGCAGCCGGCAGCAGAGGGUGAUCCUGCCGGUGCACUACCCCGGCCGCGUGCACAGGACCAACGCCAUCCCAGCCUUCCCCACGAGGACGAGCAUGGACUCCCACGGGAACCCCGUCACCCUGCUGACCAUGGACCGGCACGGGGAGCAGAGCCUCUACUCACCGCAGACCCCCGCCUACAUCCGAGGCUACCCGCCCCUCCACCAGGACCACCCCCUGGCCCCUCACCGCUGCGGCCUGGAGCACCGAGCCUACUCCCCAGCCCACCCCUUCCGCCGGCCCAAGUUCAGCGGCCGCAGCUUCUCCAAGGCAGCUUGCUUCUCCCAGUAUGAGACCAUGUACCAACACUACUACUUCCAGGGCCUCAGCUACCCCGAGCAGGAGGGCCAGGCCCCGCCCAGCCUCCUUCCCCGGGGCCCGUCCCGUGCCUUCGCCCCGAGUGGCGGCGGCGGCAGCCUGCGCUUCCCCACCGUGGUGCACAUGGCCCCGCCCUCCCACCUGGAGAGUGGCAGCACGUCCAGCUUCAGCUGCUACCACGGCCACCGCUCCGUGUGCAGCGGCUACCUGGCCGACUGCCCCGGCAGCGACAGCAGCAGCAGCAGCUCCGGCCAGUGCCACUGCUCCUCCAGCGACUCGGUGGUGGACUGCACCGAGGUCAGCAAUCAGGGCGUGUACGGGAGCUGCUCCACCUUCCGCAGCUCUCUCAGCAGCGACUAUGACCCCUUCAUCUACCGCAGCCGGAGCCCCUGCCGCGCCAGCGACGUGGGGGGCUCGGGCAGCUCAGGCCGGGGGCCUUUCGUGCACCUCGAGGGCUCCCCGCCACCCGAGGAGCUCCCAGCAGCCCACGGUCAAGGUGCUGGGCGGGGAGAGCCUUGGCCGGGCCCUGCCUCUCCCUCCGGGGACCAGCUGUCCACCUGCAGCCUGGAGAUGAACUUCAGCAGCAGCUCCUCCCUGGAGCACAGGGCGCCCAACAGCUCUACCUCAGAAGUGGGGCUCGAGGCUUCUGGGGCCGCCCCAGACCUCAGGAGGACCUGGAAGGGGAGCCGUGAGGGGCCCUCAUGUGCCUGCUGCUGCGAGCCCCAGCCCUCCGCACUGGAGCCCAGCGGGGGAGGGGCUGGGGGCAGCACCUUAUUCCUGGGCGCCCCCCUCUGUGAGGGCUGUGGCCCCACAGGCGUGGAGUCGCCGCCGGGAAGCUCCCAGGGCCCGUAUGGCCUUCACCCAGACCAUUUGCCCAGGACAGACGGGGUGACAUAUGAGGGCCUGCCCUGCUGCUUCUAUGAAGAGAAGCAGGUGGCCCACGGCGGCGGAGGGGGCAGCGGCUGCUACACCGAGGACUGCUCGGUGAGCGUGCAGUACACGCUUGCCCAGGAGCCCCCGCCCAGCUGCCACCCGGGGGCCCGGGACUUGAGCCAGCGCAUCCCCAUCAUUCCAGAGGAUGUGGACUGUGACUUGGGCCUGCCCUCGGACUGCCAAGGGACCCGUGGCCUCAGCCCCUGGGGUGGGACGCUGAGCCCCAACGCCCUGCAGCCCCACAGGAGCCUGGGAGCAGCCCAGGAAGAAGAGCGGGUUCUGUGCUGCCAGCCCAGGGCACCACUGCCACCUGUCCACCCCCCGGAGGAGGCCGGGGCCGCCAGGGCCAGCUUCCCCAGUGCCUCCCCGGACACUCAGGAGUCCAGCGCCACGGCCGCUGAGGCUGCAGGACAGAGAUCUCGCCCAGCAGACAGCGGCAGCACAGGAGCCUGAGCCCGGAAGGCCCUCUGUGGAGAUGGGAACUGUACGGAGACUCCAAACUCUGACUUCUUCAGAAAAAAGAAAAUAAUUUUUUUUUUUUUUUUUUUUUUUAGCUCUGACAAACACACAAAAGUGGUAAUAAAGAGAGCCCUCCUUCUCAACCCAAAAUGUGAGCCCCUUGUGGCAAGCCCCCCCCCCCAACCCUCCCAUUAACAAACCAACAGACAAAAUUCUCCGAGUCUUUGCCUCUUUUGAUAACAUGUUAUUCUGUUUUGUAAAGUGUGUGUGCUUGGGGUUCCGAGGUGUGUGGGAUUGAGUUCUCGGCUUUUGUUUUUUUUUAAGAUAUUUUAUGUAAAUGUAAAAAGUUAUUUAAAUAUAUAUAUUUUAAAGAACCCUAACCGCCAACUUUUGCUGAAAAAAAAAACAAACAAAAAAU